AUGUCGAUCGACGACUGUGGCAACCACGGCCGCUGCAAGGGCCGACGAUUGCACCUCUAUCUCUCCGCCGCCGCACUCAUUUUUGUCUUCCUCAUCCUCCUCACCAUCCUGAUCAUCUGGCUCCUCCUCCGACACACCAAGCCCGAGUUCUACCUCCAGGAUGCCUCCGUCGAGCAGUUCAACCUCACCGCCGGCGACUCCAACUCCCUCACCGCCGUCCUGCAAGUCUCCCUCUCCUCGCGCAACCCCAACGAUCGCGUCGGCAUCUACUACGACAAGCUCGACGCCUUCGCCGCCUACCGGGGCCAGCAGAUCACCGGGUGCACUGCGCUCCCUGCAGGCUACCAGGGCCACCACGCCGCCGCCUUGUGGUGGCCGUUCCUGGUCGGGGAAGGCGUCCCCCUGGCAGAGUACAUCGCCGUGGCCAUGGAGCGGGACGCCGCGGCGGGGCUACUCCUCCUCGACGUGAAGAUAGAGGGGAGGCUGCGGUGGAAGUCUGGGUCGUGGAAGUACGGCCACCGCCACCUCCACGUCGACUGCCCGGCGCUCAUCUCCAUCGACCACGGGACGGGGACCAGUGGCAGCUCUGCGCCGUCGUUCCACUUCCGGCGGACCACGUCAUGCACCGUCGACGUCUGA